AUGUCGCUGCUUUUCCACGUCGAGCUCUCGCCGCUUUCCCAGGUCGACGGCCUGGCCCGCCUCACCGCCGGAAACACCAAAGUCGUCGUUUCCGUGACCGGCCCGAUCGAGCCCAAGCCCAGACAAGAGUUGCCCACGCAGGCCAGCUUGGAAAUCGUUGUGCGGCCCAGCAGAGGCCUUGCCGCUACCAAGGAAAAGGUGUUGGAGGACCUCUUGCGGUCGGUGUUGCAGCUGGCGAUCGUGCGCUACAAGUACCCGCGCCAGCUCAUCCAGGUGGUGGUGCAGUUUCUAGCGACAGAUGUCGAUGCUGAAGGCGUCGUUUUGGUGUCUGGCGACUCGGCCGGCGGCGAAACGGCGUGCAACGAGCUCAGCGCGGCGCUCAACUGCUGCUUUUUUGCGCUUGUGGACGCCAAUGUGGCGCUUUUCAACUCGUUUGCCGCAGUGGCGCUAGCUGUGGCCGCCGACGGGGCGCUAGUGCCGAACCCGCCGCUCCGGGCGUUGAAGACCGCCGCCAGCCACCACGUGGUGUGCUUUGACGUGCGCCUGCGCAAGGCCAGCAAGCUUUUGUUGGCGGAAAGCUCGGGCUCGUUUUCGGAACAGGACUUGCUUGCGGUGGUCGAACGCGCCAGCACGCUCUGCGAAGAGAUCCACACGUCUUACCAGCGGCCGGCGGUGGAACGCAAGGUCGAGGCUGAUUUUGUGUGGGCGGCCUCGGCUUGA